GUGAUUGUAUAUAAAUGUAAUAUGGUUUAUUUUUCAGAAGUAUAUUGGAUGACUCGACAGAAGAUGAAAUUGAAGUUGACAUGCCCUCAACAAAAAAAAUUGCAUUACAUGAGAUAAACACGUCCCGGUACAAUGAGGAGUUCCAUGAAGUGUGUAAGCUUGGUGAUGGAGAGUUCGGCAGUGUCUACAAAUGCGUUCAUCGACUGGACGGCUGUACUUAUGCCAUCAAGAAGUCUAAGAUGCCUGUCGCUGGAAGUGUAUACGAGAGGAAUGCAAUGAACGAGGUGUACGCCCAUGCGGUAUUGGGGAAACAUCAGCAUGUUGUGCGGUACUACUCAGCUUGGGCAGAAGAGGACCACAUGUACAUACAAAACGAGUACUGUAAUGGUGGCAGUCUGGCAGAGGUGGUGGAAGAAGAUAAGCGGACAGGAAGAGUGAUGAGCGAGUCUGAACUGAAGACCAUUAUGUACCAGGCUGUCCUAGGCCUCAAGUACAUUCACUCCCAGAACCUGGUGCAUCUGGACAUAAAGCCUGGCAACAUCUUCAUCCACAGAAACCCAAAGUUCCUACAGUCCCCUGAGAGUGGCAUGGAGUCAUGUGGAGAGGAGGACGAAGAGGAGGAGGAGGCAAUCAUAUACAAAAUUGGUGACUUAGGCCAUGUGACGUCCGUGACCAACCCCACAGUGGAGGAUGGAGACUGCCAUUACCUCCCAAAAGAAAUCCUCAGUGAAAACUUUGACCACCUGUCAAAAUGUGAUGUGUUUUCUCUGGGUCUGACCAUGUACGAGGCAGGUGGUGGACACAACCUACCCCGCAAUGGCCCACAGUGGCACAGUAUUCGUGAGGGAAAACUUCCCAGUCUACCACACAUGUCACCUGAACUCAACCAACUCCUCAAGGUAAUUAUU